UAGUUUAAUCCACAGCUGAGUGAAUAUAGCUUACGGCGAACUUUAGAAUAUCGGCAAAGGCAGAUUGAAACGUAAAUUUGAUUUCAGACCGAGUACUUGUGUACGGAAAAUAAUUUGUCCAUAAAAAUGAGCUAUUAUAAUGACGAUGAAUUAACGGCACCCGAUUGGAUAAACAAAGAAUUUUUGGAAGAGGUUCUCGGUAAUUAUGAGAACAAUGGGCCACUUGAGGUGUUGAAAUUCGACAUGAGUCCCGCCAGCAUGAAGGGAGAUCAUUAUGCCAGUGCCAUGUUCCGUUGCAAGGUCGAAUAUCGUUUCUUGGACAAGCAGCCUGCCGAAGUUAAAACUAUAUCGCUGAUUAUCAAAACUCUUCCCGUUGCCGAAGGCAUGAAACGUGAAAUGUUAAUGGAGAGUAAAGUAUUUGAAACUGAAAUCGAAAUGUAUACCCAGGCAUUGCCAAAGAUUUCGAAAAUUUUGGCACAAUGCGGAGAGCCUACAACGUUAUCGGCUGAAAUCAUUUAUUACUCCCUGAGUCCCAACAAGGUCAUCAUUUUCCAAGACCUUUGUGAACUGGGCUACGAUACGGUGCGUGGUCGUUGUCUUACCGAAGAUGAAGUCAAACAAGUCUACACCAAAUUGGCCAAGUUACAUGCUGUGUCCUACAUGUUGGGCCAUAGUGAAACACCUGAUGUGGUCACCAAAUACCAAGAAGGUUUCAUGAGCUUGAGUAUGCCGAUGGUGAAAAGUCUACUCGCAAAUGGUCUAAAGAAUUUCAUCAAUGUCCUGGAAUCGCAUGAGGAGCUGAAAAUCUAUGUGGACAAGGCCAAAGCAAUGCAAAAUGAAAUUGAGCCGGCGUGCAAGGAUCUCUUCAAUGCCUAUCGUCUGAAUAAGGGUCAGGGUGAUAUUUUCGUUUUGAAUCACGGCGAUUUUCACAUGAAGAAUUUAAUGUUCAAAUUCGAUGCUCACAAUCAAAUGGAGGAUAUGAUAAUGGUGGAUUUUCAAAUCAGUUGCUAUGCUCCGUCGGUCAUUGAUUUGCUGUACUCCCAGUUUUUGAUACUCGAUGCGGAAAUGCGUUUGAGACGCCAUGAAUUUAUGCAGUAUUAUUUCAGUGAAUUCUUGAGAAUUCUCAAGAAAAUCAAUUAUCAGGGAAAAUUGCCCAAGUAUUCGGAUUUUCAAAUUUCGUCAUUGAAAUACCGGCAUUUUGUAAUUUAUAUGGUUGUGGUUAUGCUGCCCAUGGUCGUCGAUUUCAUGGGCAAAUCUGUGGAGGAAUUAAAGGACACCGACAUCAAUGAACUGCUUGAAAAUCCCGAAGUCAACGCCCUGAACUAUAAACUACCCGUCUAUGCCGAGGAACUGAAGAGAUUUCUGCCUCAGCUUUUGAAUGAAGGCUAUAUGGAUUAGAAGUACGUUUUUAGGAGUAUAGGGCGAUGUAAAUAAAGUUUAAAAACAAA